GCAAUAUCAAACAUAAUAACUUCCUUGUCUUAAGGUCACAUUGUAUUUAUAAAUAAAAAAAGUCUGAUUUGACACAUCCGGCGAUUAUCUAAAGCGUUUAUACUUCACACUGAAAGUACACGUUCAACACGUUUAAACAGCCAUUUUUGAAACAAAAAGAUGCUUUACGCGGUUGUAUUCGGAUGUCUUCUGGCAACAUCUUGGUCGUUUGAUAUCAUGGACCUCGAAUGGGAAUUAUACAAGUCAUCGUAUGGCAAGAAGUAUGAGCCUCACGUUGAGAAAAUACGACGAUAUAUUUGGGAAGAUAACAUGAAGUAUAUACAACAACAUAAUGUGAAAGCAGAACUCGGAGCGUACACAUACACAUUAGGCAUGAACAAAUACGGUGACAUGACAACAGCAGAAUUUGUUAAUAUCAUGAAUGGAAACCAACAAAACUUAACCCGCUUCACCUGCAAGAAUUAUACGUCAUCACCGGAAACGCAAAUGACGUCAUUACCAUCGUACGUGGACUGGCGAAGAAAGGGAUACGUAACUGGCGUUAAAGACCAGGGACAAUGCGGCUCAUGCUGGGCAUUCUCGGCCACGGGUUCUCUUGAAGGACAGAACUUCAAGAAAACUGGCAAACUGGUGUCCCUCUCGGAGCAAAACUUGGUAGAUUGUUCAAUGUCUGAAGGAAACCAUGGGUGUAAUGGUGGUCUUGCGUAUAAGGCCUUUGACUACGUCAUCAAAAAUGGCGGAAUUGACACUGAAGCAUCUUACCCAUACAUCGCAAAGGAGGGACAAUGUAGGUUUCAACGACAAAAUGUUGGAGCUACAGCAACUGGUUGUAAGAUAAUCAAGGCAGGGUCUGAGCAACAAUUGCAGACUGCAGUAGCGGAAGAGGGUCCUAUAUCAGUAUCCAUAGAUGCAAGCCAGAAAUCUUUCCAACUUUACAGAUCCGGUGUAUAUAACGAGAAGAGUUGCUCGUCAGUUAAACUGGGCCAUGCUGUGCUCGUAGUGGGGUAUGGUAAAAUGUCUAACAGUGACUACUGGCUCGUUAAGAACAGCUGGGGUAAAAGCUGGGGUCACCAAGGUUACAUCAUGAUGUCAAGAAACAGGAACAACCAAUGCGGCAUCGCCACGAGGCCAGUAUUUCCUAUCAUGUAAUAUGAUGGUAUCAGAAUCAAGAUUACAAAUCAUGGUUACAUCAUAAAGGAUGGAACAGUGGCAUAAAUUGCAUUUGCAAGGAUAACAAAAACGAACUACAAGAACAUUUAAUCUUUCUUUUCGUCUGUUUGUUAAAGUCUUUGAUAUGUAUGUGAUAUUUCUGCAAAUAAAAUCACAACCUUUAUCCAAUUUACAAAAAAUAUAUAAUUUUAGACGUCUCUCGACAAGUAUAUAUAUUUCAGAUA